UCUCUCUAAAACCCUAGAAUUCCAUCUCCAUUUUCUCCUCGUCACUCUUUUUCUCUUCGUCUGACACACGUUUCUCUCUCUCUCUCUCUCUCUCUCUCUCUCUCUCUCUGCGGAGAAGAAGAAGAAGAAGAAGAAGACGCGAGGGAGGAAGAAGAAGGAAUAAUGGGUUCAUCCCUUCCGCCAAAAGAAUCGAAUCUCUUCAAGCUCAUUGUGAAAUCUUAUGAAACCAAGCAAUAUAAGAAGGGCCUGAAGGCUGCAGAUGCGAUACUGAAAAAGUUUCCGGAUCAUGGAGAGACCUUAUCGAUGAAGGGAUUAACUUUAAAUUGUAUGGAUCGUAAGACUGAAGCAUAUGAGCUUGUGAGACGUGGGCUUAAGAAUGACCUGAAAAGUCAUGUGUGCUGGCAUGUUUAUGGCCUUCUUUAUCGGUCAGAUAGGGAAUAUCGGGAAGCAAUCAAAUGUUACCGUAACGCUUUGAGGAUUGACCCGGACAAUAUUGAGAUUUUACGAGAUUUAUCACUUCUACAGGCACAAAUGCGGGACUUGGCAGGGUUUGUGGAGACAAGACAGCAACUUCUAUCGUUAAAGCCUAAUCAUCGCAUGAACUGGAUAGGUUUUGCAGUUGCACACCAUUUAAAUUCAAAUCCUUCAAAAGCAGUUGAAAUUCUAGAAGCAUAUGAAGGUACACUUGAAGAUGAUUAUCCUCCUGACAAUGAGCGCUAUGAACAUGGAGAAAUGCUUUUGUACAAGGUUUCCCUUUUGGAAGAAUGUGGGUUUUAUGAUAGAGCAUUGGAUGAGCUUCAUAAAAAGGAGGCAAAGAUUGUAGAUAAAUUGGCAUACAGAGAACAGCUUGUUUCCUUAUUGGUGAAGGCUGGUCAAUUGGAAGAGGCAGAAAAGAUUUAUAGAGCUUUGCUCGCCAUGAAUCCAGAUAAUUACCGAUACUAUGAAGGUCUGCAGAAGUGUUUAGGUCUGUAUUCUGAAAGUGGUGGAUAUUCACCAGAUGAAGCUGACCGAUUAAACAACUUAUACAAAUCUCUAAAAGUGCAGUUUAGUUGGUCAUCAGCAGUGAAGCGUAUACCUUUAGAUUACCUAAAUGGUGAAAUGUUUCGGGAGGCUGCAGACAACUAUAUAAGGCCAUUUCUAACCAAGGGUGUUCCUUCUUUGUUCUCCGAUCUUCGUCCACUGUACAAUUGCCCAGAAAAGGUCAAAAUUUUGGAAAAGUUGUUUCUUGAGCUGGAAGCUUCUGUAGGCACAACAGGGCAAUUUCCUGGAAGUGCACAGAAGGAGCCCCCUUCAACUUUUAUGUGGACUUUGUUUUUGUUGGCUCAGCAUUAUGACAGACAAGGGCAGUAUGAUACUGCUUUGGCAAAAAUUGAUCAGGCUAUUGCUCACACCCCAACUGUAAUUGACUUGUACACUGUCAAGGGCAGAAUCUUGAAACAUGCUGGUGAUUUAGCUGCAGCAUCUGCACUGGCAGAUGAAGCACGUUCAAUGGAUCUGGCAGAUCGUUUCAUAAACAGUGAAUGUGUUAAGCGGAUGCUCCAGGCUGAUCAGGUGGGUUUAGCAGAGAAGACUGCAGUAUUGUUCACUAAGGAUGGGGAUCAGCACAAUAACCUGUAUGACAUGCAGUGCAUGUGGUAUGAACUGGCUUCAGGAGAAAGCUACUUUCGGCAGAGUGACCUGGGACGGGCUUUAAAGAAAUUUUUGGCUGUUGAGAAGCACUAUGCAGAUAUGACAGAGGACCAAUUUGACUUUCAUUCUUAUUGCUUGAGGAAAAUGACAUUGCGAUCUUAUGUGGAAAUGUUGAGGUUUCAGGAUCGUUUGCAUUCUCAUUCCUACUUCCAUAAAGCAGCAGUGGGGGCUAUUAGAUGUUAUAUGAAGUUGUAUGAUUCUCCGGCUAAAUUGGUGAAUGAAGAUCAAGAUGAGAUGUCAAAACUGCCUCCUUCUCAGAAGAAGAAAUUGAAGCAGAAACAGAGGAAGGCUGAAGCUCGUGCUAAGAGGGAAGCAGAGGAGAAGAAUGAGGAGGAGUCAAGUGCGGCAGGUGUAUCCAAAAAUACUAAGCGACAACAUGCGAAGCCAGUGGAUCCUGAUCCUCAUGGAGAGAAACUCUUGCAGGUUGAAGACCUUCUAGCAGAAGCUACUAAGUAUUUGAAGUUGCUUCAAAAGAACUCAUCAGCGUCUGUGGAAACACAUGUUCUUUCUUUUGAAUUGAACAUGAGGAAGCAUAAGAUUUUACUAGCAUUUCAGGCUGUGAAGCAACUGCUUAAACUAGAUCCUGAUAGCCCAGAUACUCACCGUUGCUUGAUAUUGUUUUUUCAUAAAUUCGAUGGGUUUUCAUCACCAGUGACAGACUCUGAGAAACUUGUAUGGAGUGUAUUAGAAGCAGAACGGCCUACACUAAGAGGCUUGCAGAACACAUCUUCUCUUGUUGAAGCAAACAAAUCUUUCCUUGAUGCUCACAAGGAUUCUUUGAUGCAUAGAGCUGUCGCAGCUGAGAUGUUGUUUGUCCUAGACCCUGAAAGGAAACUUGAGGCUAUUAAGCUUGUGGAAGAAUCGUUCAUGUGUGGUCCAAUAUCUAGUCCUAGUGGACCCAGUGUGGGAUGGAAACUUAAAGAUUGUAUUGCUGUGCACCAAUUGCUGGGAACAGUUUUUGCUGAUCCUGAUGCUGCUUCUAGGUGGAGUACUAGGUGUGCGGAGCACUUUCCCUACUCGACAUACUUCAAAGGAGUCUGCAGUUCUGCUGUAGUGAAGCCAGUUGAUGGUAACUUAAACAAUGCACCAGAGAAUGGAGGUAUGGAGCACUGUGGUGCCAGUGUUCGAGAUUCCCAUUCUCUAAAUGGGAACAUCAGUUCCCUGAAGGCUUUGAAUAUCCAGUAGGAGAAGCUCAUUCGAGGUCCAUCUUUUAAUUCUCAAGGCAUAUUCAGAAAUUUGAACCCCGGAAAGUAACUGCACAGAUUUGGGGAGCCAGCUGGCACUCGGUACAUUGAAUUCUCCAGAGAGAUUUUGAAGCAGCAGUUUCUUCAUGCUUCAUCGAGAAGAGCUUUGGCACAUUGAUUUCCAAUAUAUAUAGGUAAGUCAAGGUCCCUGCGUUAUUCUUAUUUGACUUUGUAAUCUUGUGGAAUUUAUUCCAUUGAGUCACACCUUGAGGAAGGGGCAAAUGAUGUUUUGGAUGUGUAUAAUUAGUUUCUUAUAUUUUGUCAAAUUUUGUUUGUAUUUUCCAGUUGAUUUAUUCGUAGUGUUCUAUAAAGAAACAGUGGACCUUCCCAUGGUUGAAGAAUAACCUGAAGAAAUUUUGGAGAAAUGACUCCAACUUAGUGCUUUUUUUGUAAGCUGCCAGAAAGCAAUUUGGUUGCUUGCUGCCA